AUGAGCGCCCUCGCGUCGAAACAGCAAUCGCUCAAGAUCUUCGAGAAGUUGAAGACGAAGCCGGCCAACAAGAAGAAUCCCACAUGGACAUCGGUGCCUUUCGGCAUCUAUCUGUGUCUGGACUGCUCCGCCAAUCACCGUAACCUGGGUGUUCACAUCUCCUUUGUGCGGUCGACAAACCUGGAUCAGUGGCAAUGGGAUCAGCUUCGAGUAAUGAAGGUCGGCGGCAACGAGUCUGCGACCAAGUUCUUCCAGCAGAAUGGAGGCACCGCGGCAUUGAACAGCAAGGAUCCCAAGACCAAAUACCAAUCCAGCGCCGCUACCAAGUACAAGGAUGAGCUGAAGCGACGCGCCGCACGUGAUGCUCUAGAAUACCCCGAAGAAGUCAUCAUUGACGCUGUGGAGGGAGAUGGUAGCUUCACCCCUGCUGGAGAGCCAGAUGAUGAUUUCUUCUCGUCCUGGGACAAGCCCACGAUCAAGAAGCCGACGCCCCCCGUAUCACGAAAUGCGACACCUCCGGUCGUUGGCCGCACCCCAUCGCCAUUCCUUACCGCCGGUAACAAGGAUGUGCCACGUGCGGCAUCGCCUUUAUCAAAGACAGACUCAACAGAGACGAAGCCUGCGGCCAGCCGAAUUACUACAUCUGCUGCCCUGCGCAAAACGACCACAGCUGGUGGCGCCAAGAAGACAAACAUUCUCGGUGCCAAGAAGGUGCAAAAGCUGGGCGUCAAGAAGGUCACUGGUGAUAUCAUCGAUUUCGACGAGGCAGAGAAGAAGGCCAAGGAGGAGGCAGAGCGCAUUGCCAAGCUCGGAUAUGACCCCGAAGCCGAAGAGGAACAAGCAACAAAGAGCAGUGCGGCCUCAUCUGCCGCCAUCAUUUCCCCAACGCCCAUCAGCCCAGCUAGCAGCUCACACACACGGCAAAAGUCGAACGCUGAAAUGGAGCGGUUGGGUAUGGGCAUGGGACGCCUUGGAUUUGGCCAGAUUGGCGGCGCCAAGGCCGCUGCUUCGGCUUCUUCAGCAAAGAAGAAUGCCGGUGGCUUCGGCUCUGUUGGGCCUGUAAAGGCAUCUGCUGCAGACGAGUCUGAGACAUUUGCUCGCAACAAGUUUGGCGCCCAGAAGGCCAUCUCCUCUGAUGAGUACUUUGGCAAGGGCUCCUAUGACCCCAAUGCUCAAGCCGAAGCCAAGACCCGCCUUCAAGGUUUCGAGGGAGCCACCGCCAUCUCUUCAAAUGCCUACUUUGGACGGGAGGAGGAAGAAGAGGUUGAGGAUUACGGUGAUCUCGAGUCGGCUGCUAAAGACUUUGUGCGCAAGUUUGGAAUCACGGCUGCUGAUGAUUUGGAAAACCUGUCCACCGUCAUUGGCGAGGGUGCUACCAAACUACAGAGUGCUAUCCGUUCUUAUCUUGAUGGUUAA